AUGAGCGAUAUAGAACUAUUUAAGGAGAAGGAGGAACAAGAAAAUACCACUGUGACUCCUGUGGAAUCCUCCCUGACUGACACUUCUGACCUCGUGAAUAAUGUGAGAGAGGUACCACCUGUUCCUGAAACACUCAAUAGUCCAGAACUUGCAGAGGAAGAAAGUAAAAUCGAGAAAGCCAUUGAAUCAAUGGCACCUCCUCCACUACCUCCUAAAAUGCAUCCUGUGGACUCAUCUAAGAUGACACCACCUCCGUCGCUACCUCCUAGAAAUUCUUCACCGCAGUCGAGCACUGAACUGGCACCACCAGUUUUACCUCCAAGGCAUGUUGCCGCUCCCUCAGCUCAAAAUCAAGGCAUCCGUAUAUUUACCAGUCCAGAGGCAGCCAAGAGCAUGAUUAUUUAUCAACAGGAACAAAUUGUGAAGAUACUGAAAGAUGAGACAAAAUAUAAGGCCCAAAACUCAUCAGCCAUCAUUCCCGAUGAAAUAACAGAAGAAUGGGGAAAACUGAUAUCAGCCCCUUAUGAAACCAUUCAUCAGUAUAGCGUUGAUAUCGAAACGCUUUUAGUCGCGCAUGUUCCUGAAGAUAUACGAGCCAACGUAUGGGAUUCGCUCUCUUUCAAUUACUGUCACAACUGGGAAAUAGUUUACAGUAGCCUAUUAGAAAACGAUUUCAUUUCAGAUGACACCUUACUAUAUGACUUGCAAAAUUCGGACUACGUCCCUGCUGAUUUACUGGAGUCAAUCUUUAAUGUAAUAAAAGGAGCAAUUUUACUUAAUGACGACAUCAAAUACAACGAAUCACUAAUUUUCAUAGCAACAUGUAUCUACCAUGUUGUAAAAGAUGAAGUUCGUGCUUUCGGCUUAUUAAGUACUUUAUUAAAAUUCUAUGAUGCAAAGCAACUUUAUCUGGAAAAUUCACCUGGUCUCUCAAUGUUACUAUUCCAAUUCGAUAGAUUAUUAGAAGAGAAUUCUCCUCAAAUUUAUAGUUUCCUAGUCAAGAGAGGUAUACGUUCAUCAAUGUACAUGUCCAAUUAUUUUUUGACUUUUUUCUCAUCAAUUCUUCCAAUUGAAUCUUCCUCGAAUGUAAUGGAUUUGGUUUUCUUUGAGGGUCUUGGAAGUCUUUUGAAAAUUGCAUUAACUUUGAUGAUUAAAAAUAAAGACAAAAUAAUUUCAUUAGAAUUCGAUGAUUUAUUAUUCUUCCUCAGAAAUAACUUAUUUGAUGUCUAUCUUAAUGAAGGUACAACUAGGGAGGAAAACAAUGAAUCGGACGAUGAUAAUGCAUCAGUUAUGCACAAAAAUGCAGUUGUUUCCAUAACAGCAGAUAAUCUAGACAUCAAAAAAUUGAUAGAAGAUGCGCUAAAUGAGUCUUCAAUUACACCAGAGGAAUUGGCUAAAUAUGAGUCAGAGUAUAACGAAAUUCAUUUGAAUGAACUUGCUCAACAGGAACAAAUUUCGCAACUUGAAGAGAGUAAUAUGAAACUUCAGAAACAAGUUCGUGAACUGGAAAUUAAGCAUACAAUAUUGAGUAGGGAACAUGUUACCAUUGCAAAUGAAUUGCUGCAAAACAGAUUGAAGAUGGAAUCCGUUGUGAAGGAAAAUACCAACAUGAAGUUAGAAGUUUUGGGAAUGGAAAAAGAGAUCAAUACCCAAAUAAAGAAAAAUAAAGAAAUCCAAAGAAGAUCAGUUCCAGUAGAAUUGAGUAAAGAUCUUGAGAAAACAUUGAAAAAGAAUGCAACUGUUAUGCAGCAGAAUUUAAUUUUACAGGAUAGAGUUACUGAUUUGGAAAGAGUCAUUGAAGAAAUUAGGAGAGCUACAGAAGCAGGAGAGCUUUACCAACCGGCAAAUGCCGCAAGUGAUAAAUUGAGCAAGACGCCUGUUAUUGGUGGUAGUUGGAAUGGCUUUAAAAAAGUAUUUAGUUGA